GAGUACAUCAUUUCCCUGCUUCACACGGAUCCUGACUAAAUUAUGGCGCGUGAAGACUAUUAACAGCACUUGCAUAUAUGCAUCGGUGCGGAAUGGCGGCGUAUCGCAAAGGCGAUGAGGGGAGGGGGCAGUACAUGUCCUCAGUGGUGUUGAGCGCUUCAAGGUGGACGUUCGUUUUUUCUGCGUUCUUCCUCUAAAUUGCCGGCUUAAACAUUUUUUUUUCGAUCGAUUGUGGAUAAAUAAAAGUGGAAAUUGGAAAAAGAAACGAGACUGAUUUGUUGUGUUGUGUAAAGACGCUUGUGGAGUUAUUUGGGAACGCCAUUAAAUUUUUUAGUCCGCCAUUUUCAGAGUUUUUAGCGUUUCCACAGAAACGUGCAUGUGUACAAUACAUCCACUGCCACGUUAUUCGUAGAGUUUUACAUAAUGAGUGAUCAGGAAAGCCAUAAAUAUCGGUAUCGACUCGUCGAAUUCCUGGGAGAAUUCACUGACGGGAAAAAGAUCAUUGAAAUUGUUGCUGAUGGAUGGGUGAGAAAACGCGAAACCAUGAAAGAUUUAUGUGACUAUCGUCCUAAAAAAGAUUGGCCAAAACUUGAACAAUGGCUGCAAGAAGAGCGCCCCUUCCAAAAUUCAUGGAACAUUUAUGAGAUCGAAAUCCUUGGCAGAGCAGCCACGUUCGAAAAAGCUAAAAAGAAGCUUGAAAGGCUCUAUAAAACUCGUUCAGACGUCGAAACUCAUUCUGAGGUGGACAGUGCCUAUGGACUUGAUAUCACACGAAAACGAGCUGCAAGCAUGCUAAAGACUUCUUAUUCUCUCGAGGAUAUUGAGGAAGAGUCCAUUGUAUCCCCGAAGCGAUCCCGAAAAGAUGCUGAUUCCCUGAGUGACAGAACUCAGGCCCCUAGUGUCUUACAAAGUGAUAUCAGGUCAAUGCAUCCAGUAGAAGCCACGAACAAUGCCACUAAUCAGAUGCAUCCGAAAACCCAUUGCGAAGAUCGUCUGCAACAAUUGAGAAAACAAAACCAAAAUGAUCCUGUAAAAAGUAAAUUUUCUAAGUUCUGUUUGCGUAAAUUGAAGGACCAGGAACUGCUGGUACGACCAGAGACACCAAGGGUUACUGAAGAACCUGAGGAGGAUCCUAAUAGGAACCAACAAGAUGCUGAAGACUGGCUAACCACUCAUGUUGGACCACCAGACACAGUAAAAGAUUUCUGGACCAUUGCACGGCCGAUACGACGACGAUUGUUGCAAGACAAUAUUACUGUACCUGAAUAUUUCCAACGAUUCCCAGCAUUAAAAGCUGCACUCGGUGCUGAGCUGCUAUCCCGUGACUUCAGUGUGCCUUAUCCUGCUGGUGGACGUAAUUUUCGUGAUCGAUGGAACAUUGGAAAAGCUGUCAUUACUGAGGCCCUUACUGAUUGUUCCAGGCUAAAGGGUGAGGAUCCGAGCUAUUACAGGGCAUUACCAGCGCUUCCAGAACAUAACAAUCAUUCUGUUAUUCUCUAUUAA